UAUAAUAAAUCACAAAUUAUAAUUUAAAUUACACGAAUCAUCAUAUCACACAUCCUCAUUUCUUCAUAUCUUCCAAUAGAUACGAUUCAAAUCCAUCACUAGCUCGCUUGUUCACUACAUAAUCAAUUCAGCAAAUAUCUCUGUAAUUCUCGAGCUUUUCUCAAUAUCCAUCAAUGGCGAAAGUUGCGGAGACCAAGAGCCUGGACACCAUGAGGAGGAGAGUGGCCUCCGUCGCCAACCAUCUGGCUCCGGUUAAUUCGUCUCCGAAUUUCGGCUCCGUCGAGCUAUCGACUACGUCAGCGUCGUCGAUGAACGACAGCUAUCGUCGGAUUCAUGGCGAAGUUCCGAGUCACCCUGUUGUUUGGAGGACUGCUGGCGACGGCGAUUCCGGAAAGGACUUCGUCGACAUCGUCUACGAGAAAUCCGUCGGCGAAGGAAUCGCAAAGAUCACGAUCAAUAGGCCCGAGAGAAGGAAUGCGUUUAGGCCACAGACGGUUAAGGAGAUGAUUCGCGCUUUCGACGAUGCGAGGGACGAUAGUUCCAUUGGAGUUAUCAUUCUUACAGGAAAAGGAACAAAGGCUUUCUGCAGUGGUGGUGAUCAGGCUUUGAGAAAGGCUGAUGGUUAUGUGGAUAAUGACAAUUUUGGUCGUCUUAAUGUUUUGGAUCUUCAGGUGCAGAUCCGGCGUCUUCCGAAACCGGUGAUAGCAAUGGUUGCUGGUUAUGCUGUUGGAGGAGGGCAUGUACUCCACAUGGUCUGUGAUCUAACCAUUGCUGCAGACAAUGCUAUUUUUGGUCAAACUGGUCCCAAGGUGAUUGCUUAUCUUGUCGGAAGCUUUGAUGCUGGUUAUGGAAGUUCCAUUAUGUCCCGCUUGGUUGGACCCAAAAAGGCGCGUGAAAUGUGGUUUAUGGCAAGGUUUUAUACAGCUGCUGAAGCCGAAAAGAUGGGACUUGUCAAUACUGUUGUCUCGCUAGAGAAUUUAGAGCAAGAAACAAUCAAGUGGUGCAGAGAGAUCUUAAGAAACAGCCCAACAGCACUUCGGGUGCUGAAAUCAGCUCUCAAUGCAGUUGAUGACGGUCAUGCUGGACUUCAGCAACUUGCAGGAGAUGCGACGCUCAUAUUUUAUGGGACUGAGGAAGGUAACGAGGGGAAGACAGCCUAUGUCGAACGUAGACGUCCCGAUUUCUCCAAAUUUCCUCGACGACCUUAGUCUUAUUUAGACAUCCUCAAUAUUACUUUUCUGAUUUCUCAUGUGCUCUUUACCAAAUAUCAUAUAAAAUUGCUCAUUUGGUUU